AUGCCAGGGGGAGGAAGAGAUUUCUCUUAUAUCCUCGAUUCUGAUUCUGAUGACUCAGAAAGUUCUGAGAAUGCUUCUGCUAAUGAUUCUGAUGAUGAUUCAAGUGAUGAUUCUGAUAGUUCUGAUGAUGGGAAUGAUGAAGGUGUAGCCGAUAGUUCAGACAGUUCUGCUACUGCAACCGAGACAGACACAGAUGAAUCUGCUAAUGAGCGUCGAACUAAGUUGGUUCAUGAUGUCUCUGCUGCUUCCGAAAGUGAUCAUUCACAUCAGUCUUUUGUUCAGGAUGGUGCUGCUUUACAUAGAGAGCGUCGGAGUAAGGCAUGUCAUGUUGUUCCUGCUAUUUCUGAUAGCCAUAAUCCUGACCGUGCUGCUCAGAUUGAUCCUGAUGUUAUUGCUCAGAAUGAUUCUGAACUGCGUGGAAUUUUUGACGAUAUGGAUGAUCCCGUGAACAGAGCCAGUUCGGUUAGUCCGGUGAAACAGACAGGGGGUGCUGGUCUUAACUAUACCAGAACUAAGCGUAGACGUGUUGUUGAAGCUACUUCAGUAGCGAUUCCUGAUCCUCCAAGACCAACUGCUGCUGUUGUUCCUGCUGUUUCUCAAGCACAAGUAUUGCGUCCUCUGGUGGCUCCUUCCUUAUCCUACAGACUUCCUUCAGAUUCUUCGCUUGUUCGUCGUGUUGAUCUUCUGGAAACUCAGAUUUGGAAGCUGCUUGCUGGAUGGUUUCUUCUCGUGACAUGGUUGGGGCUUCCCCAAAAGCAACACGAGGUGAAAAUCGGUGGCUCGGCCCUCGUUGUUAGGAGUUUUUCUCAUAUCUACUUUGGGUAA